UUUUUUUAACUAAUAAAACUAAAAUUGUAUCAAAAUGUAACAAAUAAUAUAACACGAGGACGUUAUAAUCAAUCCUUUAUGAAAACGACUAUUCUGUAUUAUACAUUGUAAUUUAGACUACAAUAUCCCGUUGUAUCAUAAAGUAAUUUUUACCCGUUCAUUAAAAAAAAAAUCGACAAAUUAGCUGGCCGAGUGGCUUCUGUGAUUACCAUAUGCAGCACAACAAGAUCUCCCUAUUGAUAAUGCCUCCCACCAUAGCUAAAAGUAACCUCUUUUUGGUACGACAAACAUCAUUAAUAAACACAUAAACUUUCAUAAACUGUACACAAGCAGAAUUAUAUUACUAGACAAAACCAGACAAAAACUUUUUUAAAAUAUAAAAUGAUAAAAUAAAGGAUAGAAAAAUUAAAAAGUAACAAACUUUUAGUUAUUUUUUGACCCCAAAAUACGUACCCACCAACCUCAACAAUCUAUCUAGAAAAAAAACAUUUAAAUGUUUCUACUAAAAUUCAUAAAAAUACUGCAUAACAGUAUAACAAAUGAAAUUAUUCUAUACAUUAUGUUACAUAAUUUUGGUAUUUUUUAUGUUGAUAAUAUUAGGAUGUUGUAAGUCCAACAAUGUUUCAGUUGGUUAUACGUUCACCUUAGCAAUUCCUAGUGAUUAUAGUGAAGAUUUCAAUGGGAGGGCUUACUUGAUGGAAACUGAUCAAAUGCCGCUCAAUUUCAGGACCGCGGUGAGCGUUGAGGCUAUGGAUGGCCGGUACGUGUGCUCGUUACAAGUUUUUCUAGGUAGUGUUAUGGUUUGGAGUUCAGGGCAUAUUUCUAAGUUUUAUACAUCUGAUAGUUGUGUGCUCGAGUUCACGAAAAUGGGUGAUCUUCGGUUGAAAGGGCUUAAUGAUGAUGUUGGUUGGCUUACUGGGACUUCUGGACAAGGUGUGCAGAAAUUGCAGUUGCUUGACAGUGGAAAUUUAGUCCUAGUUGAUGCUCAAGAAAACAUAAAGUGGCAAACAUUCAAUUUUCCAACAAACAUCUUACUCUUGGGGCAGAGACUAAGUGUAGCUACUCACUUGACCUCAUUUCCUACUAACAAAUCUUCGAGUUCGUUCUUUUCAUUUGAAAUUCACCAUGACAAGGUUGCACUCUACCUGAAUUCAGGCAGUAACAAUAACAGCAACAGCUACAAGUAUUCCUACUGGGAAUUCCAACCUUCCGAAAGCAGAAACAUCACCUACAUCGAGUUAGCUUCAAGAGGGUUGGAGUUCUUUGAUGACAAAUUCCGAAACUUCUCUCAAAUUUUUGCACCUUACCAAGAUGCAGCGCGAUUUCUAGCCUUGGAUAAUGACACUGGAAACCUCGGUCUUUACUACUACUCACCCUACAAGGACAAGUUAGAGGCAUCAUUUCAAGUCCUAAAUACUACUUGUGAUCUUCCCCUGGCUUGCUCUGCCUAUGGAAUUUGCACAUUUUCUAGGACUUGUUCGUGUAUUAGAAUGUUAGCAAGGAAGCAAGAUAGUUCAAUCGACGAAUGCAAUGAAGAGUUUAUUACAGGAAAUCAGUGUGGCAAAGAUGAGGUAUGGAUCAUGCUUGAGUUAAAAGAUGCUGAUAGUUUACUAAAAAAUGCUACUUCAAUGAGUAAUAGUAGCAAAACUAGAUGCGCGAAUUCUUGUUUAAAUGAGUGCACUUGUGCAGCUGCAUUGUACUCAUCGCGUACUAGGGAAUGCAUGUUCUUAGAUGUGGUUAGAGGGGUUAGACAGGUUAAUCGAGGAAGCGGGUUGAGUUACAUGGUUAAGGUUCCGAAGGGAAGAUUUGGGAAGCAUAAGAAGAGUGGUUUGAAGAAAUGGGUUUUGGUUUUGAUACUUGUUGGUGAUGGAAUGGUUUUGUUUUUGGUACUUGGAGGUCUUGGGUAUUUCUUGGUUUGGAAAAGGAAAAAGAGGUUGAGGGAUGGAAAUUGUUCUUCCUAACAUAAAAAUGUAAGUGAUCCUAGAUUUUGGGAUGUUAUUCUUUCAUUUUAAAGUGUUCAUUUUGAUGUCAAUGAACAAAUUUUUGAUAGUUUAAUUGGGUCAAAACAUUGCAAAAAUAAAAAUUACUAUUGGUUGUAAAAAGUUAGUGUACGUACUUGUUGCUUUUGUUUGGAAGCCUAAGUUGCUUACGCACUUGAUUGAUUCAUUGAGUAAUAGGCCAAUUUAAGGCUUUAAUUAAUACUGGUAUAAAGGAUAA